GUUGUUCUUAGAGAAUGAUGGAUUAUUAUAAUAAUAAUGUUACAUAUUAUAUAAGUCUGGAUGGUCAUGUAGAGCUGGAGAGAUACAGAUAUGUUUAUUUUAUAUUGACUCUCGCAGUUUAUCUGCUGAUUAUUUGCUGUAAUUCUGUUGUAAUUUCUGUUAUAUGUGCGAACAAGUCUCUGCAUGAGCCGAUGUACAUUUUCAUCGCUGCUUUACUCUGUAAUUCUCUCUGUGGGACGACGGCUUUUUAUCCUAAACUGCUGAUUGAUUUACUGUCUGAAACUCAGAUGAUCCUUUUUGAAGGCUGUAUUUUUCAGGCCUUCUGGCUUUAUGUUUACGCCACAGCAGAGUUUACACUGUUAUCAGCUAUGGCCUAUGAUAGAUACGUGUCCAUAUGUAAACCUUUACAGUACGUGACUUUAGUUAAAAUGUCUACAGUUAGAAAACUCUUAUUUAUCUGCUGGUUUGUUCCAUCUUGUGAGAUCGGCGUCGGUGGGAUUCUGACAUAUCAGCUGAAUUUGUGUAAAUUCAAGUUAAACAGAAUCUACUGUAAUUACAGCGCUCUUCUGAGGCUGAGCUGCAGAGAUACGACUCUAGUGAAUUCAUACGGACUCUUCAUUUCAGUCGUCGCUGUUUUUCCACCAGUGAUCUUCAUAAUCUUCUCCUAUAUAAGAAUUCUAACAGUCUGUUUAAAAUAUUCCAAAGAAUUCAGAAGAAAAGCUCUGCAGACCUGCUUCCCUCAUCUGAUCACCUUCAUCCUGUUCUCUGUCACCUCCUUGUUCGAAGUGAUCAAUAACCGUCUAGACGGAAAUGUGCCUCAUCUAUUGUCUGUGAUCUUAUCGAUAGAAAAUGCGAUUAUUCCUCCUCUGAUCAAUCCUGUAAUUUACGGGCUGAAACUGCAGGAGAUUUUCAACAGGAUCAAACGAAUAUUCUGGAAAAAGAGCAACCAAAUAUCAUUUUAGAUUCAUAUAAACUAAUUCCCUUCAUUUUCUAAUG